ACUGGCGUAGUCCAAAUGUAAAACGCAUUUUGUUAUUUGAUAGUGUGUGAUUAAAUUUAAAAAGAAUUUGUUUAAUAUCCACAAUCAUUUCAUUUCUUUUCGAUGUAAUAUUCUAAUUAAAGAAAAAAGAAAGAAAAAAAAUUAUCGUUCCACAGUCGUCAUUUAACGCGAUCCAUCUAUUUAUUUAGCCAGCGUAUCUCGGUAAAUAUCGGCAUAGGUUAGGUUUUCGACACGUUUUCAUACAACAUAACCUCAUCGCCCGCUCGAAGACGUGUCGUACAUUCGUGCACAGUCAUGCAUAUUUACGUUGCUCUGCACGAAAGCAACACACAUAGAACGUACGUACGUUUCGUUCCACGUUGAGGAAUGACUCAGGGGCUCUGCGCCCCUGCGACGAUUGCGGCUCAGGGAUCAGGAGAGGGAGAGGCGAGAGGAAAGCGAAAAGCACAUUGCGCAGGACGUCGGCGCCCUAGCGUUACGGCCAACCCCUGACGGAUUCGGUCGUUGUUUGCCAGCUCCGUAUCGCUGGCAAGUCCGCGUGGAGAGAAGACGGACGAAUAUACUCGCGCGGUUGUUAAAAACACAUUUGUUGUUCUCUCCUUCAAUUCUCAUUUCAUUGAAAAACGGUGAGAGGGAAAGUUUCUCUUCAGGAAUCGAUCUUACGUAGCGAAGAAGAAAAUAUAGAAGAAGGAAAUAGAGCUAAGAAUCUACCGUGUGUGCCUCUAUUCCCAUGAGUUGAAACGGCGAGGAGGAGCGGCGGUAGGUGGUGGUGACAGUGGUGGUGGUUGCGGUAAAACGUGUCCACGAACUCUUCCCCUCCCCCUCUCCCCCUCCCAGGAGCCGGUACGAGUUACAGGACGGUUAAGGGUGAAUUACAGAAAAGGAAGGAGGAGGAAUAUUCGUCGAUAUUCUUCUCCACGAUCAUUUUUCGAUCGCAUCCCUUUCCGUUGGGAUUGUGGUGGAUACGUGCGGAGAGUUAUGCGCGUGCUAUCGAUCACGCGGCCUGAUUGCGGGGAUAUGUGAUACCGGAAGUGGGUAACGGCAGGCUUGACCUGCGUGCAGGUGCGUACCACUGUAUGCGUACAUGCACAGGGGCGCGGGUAGAGCGAGAAGAGACGUGUAGAGAAGGGUCGAGAAGAGGCCGCGUGCAAGGGCCAGUCGUGAAGAUGCACGCCACAGACGCCGUCGACGCGACGGCGUCCCUGCCGUCAUCCACGUCCUCCGUGCCCGCCUCCAGGAGCUUGGGACACGAAGUCAGGCUCGUCCUCGUCCUACUCGUAUCGUGCUGGAUCGUGCAGGAUCGGUCAGUGCUCGGCAUGUCCGAGCCGCCCGAGCUAACCACGGCCGAAGACUUAACCGACAGGGGGACGAAGAAGUUUGGCGAUGAUUGCGUGGAAGAUCGUGAAUGCAGUUUCUCUGGCUCGUAUUGCGAGCCAAAAAAGAACAAAUGUUCGUGCAGGGAGGAAUUCGAGGCGACGAAUCAUAUCGACAAAUGUGGACACCCGGUGAACGUGAACGAGUCGUGCUUUUUCCACGAGCAAUGCGAGGCGAGGGUGAGCCAAACCGAAUGCAGGGACAAUCGUUGCAUCUGCAUCUUCGAGAAGAUCCCGGUUCCCCAGCCUGACGGCACGAUCGUGUGCGUCGCUGAGCAAAAAGAGGAACCCAAUCUUCAAUAUAUCGAUCCGACGAUGAUUGGUGUUCUCGUUGGUAUGGCCCUCAUGUUCAUCAUCAUCUGCGUCGUCCUUAGGCUUUUCAGCAAAGCUCGUUGGCGCGAGAAUCGUACAAUUUUUAACACCCCGAACGCCCGUCUAAUGAACGUAUCGUUGCUGAGAGAGAACAAGCUCCUGCAUCCGCAGGAAAGACGCGGUUCGAGGGCAAGCGUACGAGUUCCCUCGAGGCAGCCCUCGAUGGCCUCCCUACGUGCCCAUUCGCCGAAUGCCUCGCAAGGUGCGAAACACUCUCAGCACUCACAGCACAGAGUGAGCCGGUCACGAACAGGAUCACGACGGGGGAGUCGGGGCAGCAGUGGGAAUGCGUCGGCCGUCUCAACGAAAUCGAACAAAUCGCCACCUAAUCAGCCAAAUACCAUGUCUGAGACUGUUCAUUCGGAGAAUGUCACCGUUGAAAUUCUCGAGGCUAAGGCGUAGAUCCACGCUGGAGAUCCACGACCAUCGUUGCUAUACUACGCCUUUCCAUUUUCCAAUGACGGUUGUGAAGUACUCGCCCCAAACGAUGAAUCGUCUUCUAAAAGCAAUUUUACGCAAUCUCUUUUCCAGAAAUGUACAAAUUCCUAUUCGCGAAAAUCCCUUUUCUCUCUCUUUUUUUUUUUUUUUUUUUAUUCGAAAAGAUUCGCCGCCCCUUUUACGUCUACCGCUUUGGUACGAAAGAAGAAUAUUUCCGAUCGAGAUCAUGCGUUUGCAUAUAACUUAUCCGGCCAUUUCUUAUCAUCUUAUCGAUUAUAAAUCAAAGUUUAAACGCGAGGAAAAUAGUUUUACGCCAGGAAACAAUUAGUUUUGAGAAUUUUAGGAAAUAAGAGAAAUUAUAUAAUAUUAUAAUUCGUACUGAUUGUAAGAUAAUCGCUGUUUAAUUUCUAUCUUUAAAACAUGUUAAAUUCGAUAAAGAAUUAACGAAUAUAUAUAUAUUUGCGAUAUUGAUAAAGUUAAACAAACAAACGUAUUUUACGUCACGAAGAGAUCUAAUAUUCGAAAUAUUUUGCACAAGAAAAUAGAUGAUCGCUCUAAUAUCGAAAAAAGAAAAAAAAAAAUCUACGAUGUAUUUUAAAAAGUAUUGUGAAAGAAAUCUCGAAAUUAAAUUUACCAUAAUAUUGUUUAAAUUUGGUUGUAUUAAGAAAAAAAAAAAAAAAAGACGGAAAAUUGAAGGAGAAGUAUAAACUCUUUAAAAAAAAAAAGAAAAAGAAAAAGAAAAGAAAAUUACGUCUUAUGGAUCGUUUAUCAUGGUACAAAACUUGUUCGUUUGAUUAACAUUGCAGACAGCAGAUGAAUGAAAUCUGGAAACGAAACAUAGCAAAGACGAUGCAAAGUUUUUUUUUUUGUUAUUUAUUAAACGCGAAACCUUACAUCGAUUCGCCAUGUUUUCACGAUGUUUGGACCAAACGACGUACGUACGUUUCGCCAUUAAUACGAUCACUUUCAUUCAAACAUCAUCGCUUCAAGCUAUAUAUUCACUCUAUAGCUAAUAAUAAAAAUGAUUUCGUAUUUUAUAAAUAACACUGUCGAACCAAUAAACUCGACGCGUUGAUCGAUCUUUCUAUAUAAAUAUGUAUGUGUGAACAAUCGUUUUAAACGAAAUAGCCAAACGGUGAUCCAUUAACAAUCGCGGAUCAACAAUCAACUAAGGAUUAUUCAAAUCGCCUCCUCCAUAAGAGAGAUAAUCUUCACAUUCAUCGAAUUCUAUCUUUUAUCUCUACUAUCCAGCUGUAUAUUUUUAACCUCAAACUAUAUGCGAAUCAAUUUCUUAAAAUGGCAUUGACUCUUUACAUUCUACAGAAUGAUUCUCAUUAGAUUAAUAAUAUUGUAUUAUAUAUAUAUUCCACAUGUAUGAUAAUCAUCUUUUUUUUUUCAUUAAAAAUCAAUGAUUAAUUUUAUUAAAAAUUUCUGUAUCUUUAAUAAUUGGCGAAAAUAAGAAACUUGAAUCCAUCAUUUCAAUGAAUUUAAUAAUUCUAAUUUUAAAAUGUCAUUUCCACUGCGCAUCAAAGAUUGAGAAUAUUUUGCACGUGUAAAUAUAAUUUAUAUGUGUGAAAUAAAAAAAAAAAAGUUACAAUAAUUUUAGGUUAUAUAUUUGGAUAGAAAAGUAUCGCCAUAUAAUAUCCAUGUAAUAAUUAAUUUCUCGACAGAGUUAAAAGAUACAAUUCUGAUGUUAUAGUUAUGCUUAUAUAGUUAUGCUAUAAAAUUGAUAUGCGUUAUUAUUGCAAGAAGGAAUCAAGGAAGUGUCCGAUGCAAACACAAUUAUUAUCAAAGAGAGAUCUUCCUGGCAGGUCCUUCCUGCGAAUACAUAUUCCCAGCGUGAUAUAACGACGAAAUAUUGGUAGAUCGUAUCAAAAAAACACACAGUGUUUUUCUGGGAUUUUCUUCUCGAGAAGCCAACACGAAUGGGACCAGACGAAAAGUGUUUGAACCGACAUCGUGAAGAUAACGCUGCAUAUAGUAUAGCGAAACAAUUUAAGCCGUGAUAAUUAAGCACACCUUCGAGCUCUAUAUUUCGCGUUAGAUUUUAAAGGUUAAGAUACCGUACACGAUAACAGUAAAAGAUAUAUAACGUAUAUAUAUAUAUCUGUCGUUACACGUACUAGAUACAAUCGUUUCUCAUCUCGUCGUGAGAUUCAUAGAAUUAUUAUUGUUCAUUCAUAAUUGAUUGUUCAUUUGAUUUAUUCUUACCUUUUAUCACUUCUAACCAAGCGUUCAUAUUCCACGAGAGAUAUUUUCUCGCGCUUCUGAACUUUGCAAAUAUUUCUUAUCCGAUAGAAUUUCUAUUCUAGUCGCCUGCCUUGUGAAACAAGCUUUAGUCGUUGCUUGAGAAAAAGAAAAAAUUUCAUCGAAAGUAAUACUAUAUCGCAAGAACGUGUUCACGCGGUUAGGUUAGGAUACAUCGCGCAAAUUUUUAAACAACUUACAAAAAUGGAGAAGAGAGGUCGAUCUAAUUCGUCGCGUGAACUGUUGCGCAGAAGAACUUGUUAUAUGAAAUAGGAAAUAAGAAGGGUGAAAGAAAGAAAAUAAUAUCAUCUCGAGAAAUUUCACUUCAAAUAAAAUACGACCAAACGGAUUGCACCACACACGUUUGUACGAUUACUAUAUUACUUUAUUAUUAAUUGCACAAGACCUCGUUAUAGAAAAUUAAUAUCGAUCUACGAAAAUACACUUUAUACAUGCAUAAGGAUAUAUAUAUAUAUAAAUCGAUAUAUUUACGUACACAUUGGAAGCAUCUUUUUUUUUCUGAAUAAGUGAAUGAGAAUCAUCGAUAGUCCGGUAUGAAUUAUAUCUCAGCAAUUUAGUGCCUGCGCUCUCGCGUACAUAGCGUUUAAAUAAAGGGAAAAUGAGAUUAAUAUAUAUAUAUAUAUAUAUAUAUAUAUAUACGUGAUACUAGGCUUGGCACUAUUUGCACUAUUUGUAGAUUACUUUUUCGAAUGCCUAGUGACUAUAUUCACUCUGUGAUCUAUAUGCAACGUACAGCUAAAAAAUUUUUCUUGCCAUCAUUAUUAUUAUAUUAUUGUGUUGUUAUUGUUAUUAUAGUAUUAUUAUUAUUAUUAUUAUCGUUAUUAUUAUUUCUUAAAAAUUUACUAAAGAUAAUGGAUAUUAAUAUCGUGUAAACGACUCGCUUAGUUAUUAUCGUCCUGCAGCUAAUUAUCAUACUCUACCUUCUGCACCCAUAAUGAAAUCCACUUGUAUAACAUUCUCGUCGUAAAAUUAUAUAAUUUAGAAAAACUUUUUAACGAUUAACAGCUUAACGGAACAUUUAACAAUCAUAACUGAUGACUGUUGUACGAUUGUCAAAUGAUAAUUGAAUUGCGUGAAAAGCGUGUGUGAUAUCUAUGGAAGAUUAAAGGUGAGAUAAAAAUAAAGUAAAAAUUAGAAAAAAAAAAAAAUAAAAAUACGUAAAAAUAUUAAAAAAAAAAAUACGAAAAAUAAGUAAAUUGAUGAAAAAAAAAAUGCAUUUUUAUAAAUGAAAGGUGAACAAAUAUUCAUUCAAGUAAAAGUUUAAGAGAAUAACGAGGAGGGAUCGAUCUGAUCUGCAAACGAAAUUUGGGGAAGGUUUCCGUUUUCGGAUAGAACGUCCCCUCUGGUGUUCCAUAACGUUUAAUUAAUAAAUAUUCGAGGCUCGAUAUUACAUUCUUUAUAUCUUAACAAGUGUCCAUUGAAAAUAUCUUCGAUUUAUAUAUAAUUCAGCUUUGUGGAAAGUAAUCGUUCGCUUGUAAGAAUUUAUAAGGUAAUUUAACAAGAUUUAGAGUAUAUAUAUAUACAUAUAAAAUGCUUUUUCGAGUUGUUAGUUUCUCUCCACCCUUUUAUGAUACGAAAGCACAAUGAAAAUUAACGAAGAAGCAGAGUGUCUCGUCUUUAUCAAUCAAAGACACUCGCUCACUCUUUUAUAAAAUUUCUUAUUAUAAAGAGGAGUGGAAAUUUUUCUGCCUUACUUUGAUCCAGCAAAAGAUUUCAUAUUGCAUAAACUGAAACAGUUUUGAUCUAUUUCUAAACCUUGUCACUAACGAUGUAAAUAUCUAAGGUUAAUCGUGCGUCUUCGUCCUUCUUUUCUCGUUAUACUCUCUUCUUCCUUCGAAUUCUCCUAGAAUAUUUACGAUUACGAUGAAUUCAAGUUUAUUGUCCGAAUCGUCGAUUCAUCCGAAUUUAUCAUAACCGAUCCAUCUUAAAUCAAUCUUUAUCCCUUUAAAAGAUAUCUUUUCUAUAGAACUAUAAAUUCAUACUCAACAUGAACAAUUAUACAAGCAGCUUGAAACUUAAAAAUACAGUGAACGCAAAAUCGAAAAAAAUUACUCGUCUAUUAUCGAUCAUUGAACAAAAAAAAAAAAAAGGAAUCUGUACUUUUCAAUAACGAGUAAAUAUUAUUUAGAAUCUCUUGGUGGAUUUUGAAUCACUGAAUUAUCGAAGUUCAAGCGAGCUACGUUUCCUGAAAUGUCCUCACACGUUUGUAGAAACACGGAAGAACGAUACGGUAAUCUAAAUAUGGGGAAGUGUUUGGAUUACUUUUCGUUCACGUGAGACCAAUUGUCCGAAAUCCGAUCUUUCAUAUUCAAGCACUCUACGAUGACAUGAAAUAUAUACGUAUAAUAACAUAAAGUAUUUACCACGAUUAAACGUAUAACGUUAAUGUUAAAGUGAUCACUUUUGAUAUCUUUGUGGAUAUUCAAUCGAUGACGCUCUUUCUUCUCCCCGCAUUCGUCGCGUUCAAUAGAAACAAGACACCUCGAAACCGGAAGAUGCAAUACAAAACAAAAAAAAAACCGAUAAUUCUCACUGACAACGAUGGAAUGUCCCAAAAAUCAAAAUUAGA